AUGACGGAGCGACGAGUGAAGGGAGAGUGGCCGGGUGCCGAGAAAGGCCGCUGCGUGCUGCACGAGCCCGGCGGUCACGACUUCCACCUCCAGAUCAGCGGGGUUCAGACGAGCGACGACGGAGUGUAUGAGUGCCAGAUCAACACCGAGCCCAAACGCUUCUGGCCCGUCACACUGCACGUACAAGCGGCGCACGCCAAGAUCAUCGGCGCCUCGGACCGGUACGUGCAGCUCAACAGUAACAUCCAGCUGCGCUGCGAGCUGCGCGUGCUGGCUGACCCACCGGUCACCCUGGGCUGGAGCAAGGGCUCGGCCGCCGUGGACGUGAGCUCACCGCGCGCCGGCCUCAGCAUUCAGACGGAGCGCGGCGGGCACGGCACCACCAGCUUCCUGGUGAUCGCGCGCGCCAGACAGCGCGACUCCGGAACCUACACCUGCCAGCCCAGCGAGGGACAGUCCGCCACCGUGCGUGUGCACGUGCUCGAUGACGAUCACCCGGCAGCGAUGCAGACUGCCGGCGGCGGUCGGCUGAGGCCGGACCUCCCGCUGGCGACAGCCCUGCUGAUGACGUCACUGGUACCACUGAUGACGUCACUGGCAAUACUGGCCUGUCGGCGGGAUAACCGGUGACCUGGAACCGACACGGGCGGCACAGACUCGAGGGGACAUUCGCAGAGGUGCGGUGGUGCCCGCUCAGCUGCGUGAGCGGCGUUCUCGAGAGGCAGAGACUUGUGCGCGAGUAUGCUCGAGAAAUGGAGACUCGUGCGCUCAAUAGGCGAGAGACUAGCUCGCGGUGUGGAGCGCCGGUGGAGCAGCUGUGAUGUGAGAGGUGAGAUGCAGUGAUUAUCAGUAUUAGUCGCCCGGAGCGCGGAGCGGCGUGUCCUCAGUCGUCGUUUGUGAAACUGACGUAGUGACCUGAUUGGCGGCUUCUGAGCCUGGACGACGCAGUGGCUGUCUGACUUUGAAACUGUGUUCGGUUGAAUGGAUGAUGGUCGGGGGUGGCGCUACAAAAUGUCCCUCCGUGCAGCUGUUGUGUCCCGGUGUUACCUGCGGAUGAAAAUGAUCCCCGCUCGAAGGCCGGAUGAGGGCUUACCAUUAUCGGUCGGGCAAAGUGUUGAUGUGUGAGAUUGCCAUGUCGUGGCCAUGGUAUUUUGUACAGAUGCUCUCAUAAGAGUACACUUAACGUCAAAUUUGAACGGGCUAUCAAAUUCACAUACAGUGCAUCGUCCAAAUUUACUGGUUCUAAGUUUAGAUAUCGUUGAAAUUUCACUUUUCAAAUCGUUGAAAGCUCACUUUUGAGACAAAGAGCAACGUCAAUCAUAUCGUAGAAAGCAGUCAUGAACUGUGCACCAAAUGACCAGCUUACGUGAAAUGUGAAAACAUUCUUGUAAACUAUGGCCUCAUCAAUGGUAUUUCCAGAACUCAAAGCAAUACUCGGCCUUUACGCAAGGUCCCUUUGCGCAUAUGCAUAAACAUUGUAUCGCGAUUGAGUGUCUGAAAUGGCUGGAAAGUAUAGUCUGAUGAUAUCGUGAGCAUGUUCCAUUAAAAUAUCUGACAGUAAAAUGAGUUACGG